UAUCUAAAAAACCUGAGGAAGAACCUGAUAAUGUAAGAGAAAAUAGAUUAAAAAGAAAAAGACAAGCUAAAUAUAGACAUUAUCAAAAAAAACAAAAUGUCGCAAGACCUUCAACAAGAACAAGAUCAAAAACUUUUAAAGCUUCUGAAGCAUCAUCAGACACAAGAGCAAAAACAAAAGAAG